GGCGGUGCGGGAUCGCUGCUACCUUUAGACUAAUGACUGUCCGAAACAUCGCCUCCAUCUGUAAUAUGGGCACCAAUGCCUCUGCUCUGGAAAAAGACAUUGGGCCAGAGCAGUUUCCGAUCAAUGAACACUACUUUGGAUUGGUCAAUUUUGGAAACACAUGCUACUGUAACUCCGUGCUUCAGGCGUUGUACUUCUGCCGGCCGUUCCGGGAGAACGUGCUGGCGUACAAGGCCCAGCAAAAGAAGAAGGAGAACCUGCUGACGUGCCUGGCGGACCUCUUCCACAGUAUCGCCACGCAGAAGAAGAAGGUCGGCGUCAUCCCGCCAAAGAAGUUCAUUUCGAGACUGAGAAAAGAGAACGAUCUCUUUGAUAACUACAUGCAGCAGGAUGCUCAUGAGUUUUUGAAUUAUUUGUUAAACACUAUUGCGGACAUCCUGCAGGAAGAGAAAAAACAGGAAAAGCAAAAUGGAAAAUUAAAAAACGGCAACAUGAACGAAACUGCGGAGAAUAAUAAACCAGAACUCACCUGGGUUCACGAGAUUUUUCAGGGAACGCUCACCAAUGAGACUCGAUGCUUGAACUGUGAAACUGUUAGUAGCAAAGAUGAAGAUUUUCUUGACCUUUCUGUUGAUGUGGAACAGAAUACAUCCAUCACCCACUGUCUGAGGGACUUCAGCAACACAGAAACUCUGUGCAGUGAACAGAAGUAUUACUGUGAGACGUGCUGCAGCAAGCAGGAGGCCCAGAAACGGAUGAGAGUAAAAAAGCUGCCCAUGAUUUUGGCCCUGCACCUAAAGCGGUUCAAGUACAUGGAGCAGCUGCACAGGUACACCAAGCUGUCUUACCGUGUGGUCUUCCCUCUGGAACUCCGGCUCUUCAACACCUCCAGCGAUGCGGUGAAUCUGGACCGCAUGUAUGACCUGGUUGCUGUGGUUGUUCACUGUGGCAGUGGUCCUAAUCGCGGGCAUUAUAUUACUAUCGUGAAAAGUCAUGGCUUCUGGCUUCUGUUCGAUGAUGACAUCGUAGAGAAAAUAGAUGCCCAAGCUAUUGAAGAAUUCUAUGGUCUGACAUCAGAUAUAUCAAAAAAUUCAGAAUCUGGAUAUAUUUUAUUCUAUCAGUCAAGAGAAUAACUUAAAGAACUGUGGGACUCAUUCAAGCAGGGACCUGUGCAAAGCACUAUUACCGGGUUUCUCUGCAGACUUUCUUCUCCCCCGGCGGCCCACAGACGGCACCACUCCAAGCCUCCACGGUCCAGCCGUGUUAAACUCUCUCCUUUUGUUUUUGUACACACAGCACUAUUCUUGGUUUAUUUCAGUCUGAGUUAACUACAAUCAGAUUAUAGGAAGAUUUACAUGAAUAACAGUUGCUAAUUUUAAGAUGGGGUGAAAGCUAUGCCACUGCUUAUGUCUAGUUGAAUUAGAAUGGCAUUUUCUUUGAAUGUCUACGGUCUGUUUUGAGUGUUUGCUAAACUUCUAACUGGUUUGCGGGGUCUCCGUACGAUUCAUUCCUUUACCUUGUCCCUGGAAGCAUUGCUGCCCCUUGUCAGCUUCUCCACCUCUUCUCUGACACGAGGACAGAGAAUUGGGGAGCUGUUGGCCUUUCAGGCCUGUGUCUAUAGCUUUAAGUUUGUCUAAGCAAAAAUGUUUCAGAGUGAGUAACCUCAGCACUAAAAUCAUCCUCCACGUGGCUGGCGCAGGGUGAAGAGAGCUGUCCGUGGUGGCUGCAGUGGCUAGCGUUCGCACCCGCCAUGCUAACCUAGCCAUUUAGAAAGAACCCCAGGGGACAAGGAGGGGUGGAGCUCAGGGCAGGCAAAGCCAAGAGGAGGGAGUCUCUGUGGGCAGUGAAAAUCACUUUUCUUACCUUUCUACCAAAACCAAGUUUCAGGAAAAUAACUCUAUGCUGUUUAUUUUGUAGUGACCCUUUUCUUCUGUAAGGUCCUGUGAAUUGUAUUUAUCUUGUAUCUGGCACUGCGGAGCUUUCCACGGUAUCUUUCCAGUCCUGCUGGUGUUGUGCAGUCUGUGGCUGCGGGGCUGGCAGACCUCCCGGGAGCCAGUCGGCACUGACAUUGGCCUUCAUCAGGAACAACCAAGACACUGCACCUUUACAACCGUCAGCACAUUGUACAGCUUAAUUUUUAAAAAGAUUCUGUCUGUUAACUGAUGCACCAG